AUGGUUGCAAACGCAAGAUUAUGGUGUAGCGGCUUGCUGCUGCUCACAGUCUGCCGGCUGGGCAGCGCGCCCUGCUCCCGCUUGGCGGCGGCGCUCUCGAAGAUUCCUCGGCCAAAUGGCGGUGGGCUCCACGCUACCGGGUUCCUAAGCAACACGCAAUGGGUCGGAUCAAACCUGGUGGCUUCUGCUGGCUCCAUGCCGAGGAACGUACUCCGGCAAUCACCGGUAAGAAAUAGCACGACGAAUUACAGCGCGAAGAGGCGUUCGGACGUACGAGCGACCAAUGUAGCUGAUGCAACUGCGACGGGCACUACAAACCUGCAUGGAGCCAAUCCGGGGAGUGUGUUGGGUCGACUGUGGAUGACCUUGAAGCGGAUAUUCGGUGGACGCGGCGCAAGGGGCGAUGGCCUUAAAGGUACAGGGGGCGCGUCCGAUGCCAGCUUUCAACUUCCAAAUGGCGCUUCCGGUGGCGGACGGCGUGUCAAGCGCUGGCAGCGUGGAUGCGGCACCAUACGGACCUCUGGUGAACUCACAGCCCUCAGCGGUCAUGUCAAUGUUCGUGGAGCGGGCGCCCUUGAGGGUGCGCGAAGCCGUGAAGAGCACUGUGGCCGCUCUGGUGGGGACGUUCUACCGCUACUGCGUGGAAACGACGAUGAUAACCACGGCGGAACGCCUGGCGGCGCUCAUACACAGCAUGCAGAUGACCGGGUACAUGCUGUGGAACGCCGAGUGCCGCUACUGCCUGGCACAGCAGCUGCAGCCGGAGCCUGUCGGGAAGCAGUCGGCCGCGGCUUCGUCCCCGGAGGCGAUGGACACUGCCGGCGCGCAGCUGAAGGACGACAUCAUCCCGAACUACAACACCGACAGCCUACUGUCGUACAUCAAGCGCCUGCCAGACGACACAGCGAACUCGCUGCUCGAGAACAUCACAUCGGGGGUGCUCGACGCCAUGCAGGAGUCGACCGACAUGGUGGUGGAGUCGCUGACGGGGAUGGCAAUGGCGCAGCAACCGCCGCCGCAGCCCGUGCAGCCCGGAGCCACCGCAUCGCCACGAGUUAUCAUACAGCAAACGGGAUCCUCAUGCGUCCAGCUGUGCUUCUGGCAGCUGGCGCUGGGAUACUGCCUCCGCGACCAAGAGGCCAAACUGGAGUUACAGAAAGCACUUAA